GCUAGGGUACAACAACGCUCGCGCUGCUGAACAGAAACCGUUCCCCGCGGUCUCGAGAAGACGUGUGCCGCGUCGUCCCCUCCGUCCCUCGGAUUUCCUCCAGUAUCACCGACGUUGAUCGAUAUAAAUGAAUAUUUUCUGAAAGGCAGAAUAUAGCCAGCGUCUGCAGCCGGCCUCCUGGGAUGAGCCUGAGAGAUAACCAUGGCCCUGAGAAGGAGAGCGUACCCGUGAGGCCUCCACGCCAAACUCCCACGCCGCCACCGUCAACAACAGCCGCCGUUGUUGCCUCGGACACCCACCCAACCAUGCCCCUUCUCCCCUCCUGAUUAUCUCCCCCCUGCCCCCCCUCCCCCUCCCACCCUCUCCCCUUGACCUCAGCCUCCCUUCAUCCUCCCCUUAACCCCCUCCCCCCCCCCCCCUUCCCUUCCCCCCACCCAGCCUCCCCACCCCUCCACCCCAGAACCAGGGGGUAAGAGAUUGUUGUCAUGGCCACCCCCUUCCUGUGGAAGCUGUCUUCCCAGAAGCUGGGCUUCUUCUUGGUCAGCUUCGGCUUCAUCUGGGGCAUGAUGCUGCUGCACUUCACCAUCCAGCAGCGUGCCAGCCACGAGAGCAGCACCAUGCUGCGCCAACAGAUCCUGGACCUCAGCAAGCGCUACAUCAAGGCCCUGGCCGAGGAGAACCAGAGUGUGAUGGACGGGCCCUACGUGGGCACCAUGACGGCCUAUGACCUGAAGAAGACCCUGGCCGUGCUGCUGGACAACAUCAUGCUCCGGCUGGGCAAGCUGGAGUCCAAGGUGGACAACAUCUACAACGGCACAGGGGGGAACCUGACCAACGGCACCGGGGCCGUCACAGCCGCGCCCAGCGCUACCAACGCAGAGAAGGUCAACGUCGCCGAUCUUCUGAACGGGGCCCAGGAGAAAUGUGAGCUUCCACCAAUGGACGGAUUCCCUCACUGCGAGGGGAAGGUCAAGUGGAUGAAGGACAUGUGGCGGUCUGACUCCUGCUACAACAACUACGGCGUUGACGGCUCCACCUGCUCCUUCUUCAUCUACCUAAGCGAGGUUGAGAACUGGUGUCCCCGUCUGCCCUGGAGAACCAAGACCCUGGCCCAGGAGCUGGACCGGAGAGGACAGACGGAGGUCCGGACCAGCUUCGAUGAGCUGCACCGUGUCAUGUCCCGGCGGGAGGAGUUCCGCUGGAUGAUGCUGCGGAUCAAGCGCAUGGCUGAACCCUGGCUGUCGGCCGCACGCUCCCUCGCCUCCAAGCAGGACCUCGGCAAGCGCCACAGGAAGAAGAUCCUGGUGCACCUGGGCCUCCUCACCAAGGAGUCAGGUUUCAAGAUUGCGGAGAACGCCUUCAGCGGCGGGCCCCUGGGGGAGCUGGUGCAGUGGAGCGACCUCAUCACCACCCUCUACCUGCUGGGCCACGACGUGCGCAUCUCCGCCUCCCUGGCCGAGCUCAAAGAGAUCAUGCGCCGUGUGAUGGGGAACAAGUCCAGCUGCCCCACCCAGGGGGACAAGGUUGUGGAGCUCAUCUACAUCGACAUCGUGGGGCUCACACAGUUCAAAAAGACCCUGGGGCCCUCCUGGGUGCACUACCAGUGCAUGUUACGGGUGCUGGAUUCCUUCGGCACGGAGCCAGAGUUUAACCACGCCCACUACGCCCAGUCCAAGGGCCACAAGACUCCCUGGGGAAAGUGGAAUCUGAACCCGCAGCAGUUCAACACCAUGUUCCCCCACACCCCAGACAACAGCUUCCUGGGCUUCGUGGUGGAGCAGCACCUCAACGCCAGCGAUAUACGACACAUCGACGACAUCAAGCGGCAGAACCAGUCGCUGGUCUAUGGAAAGGUGGACAACUUCUGGAAGGACAAGAAGAAGUACCUGGACCUCAUCCACAGCUACAUGGAGGUUCACGGCACCGUGCACGGCACCAGCACCGUCCACCUGCCCAGCUACGUCAAGAACCACGGCAUCCUGAGCGGCCGAGACCUGCAGUUCCUCCUCAGGGAGUCCAAGCUGUUUGUGGGCCUGUCUUUCCCCUACGAAGGCCCCGCCCCCCUGGAGGCCAUAGCAAAUGGUUGUGCGUUCCUCAACCCCAAGUUCACCCCUCCCAAGAGCAGCAAGAACGCAGACUUCUUCAAGGGAAAGCCCACUAUGAGAGAGCUCACCUCCCAGCACCCCUAUGCAGAGCUGUACAUUGGGCUCCCCCACGUCUGGACGGUGGACAUCGAGAAACCUGCCGAGGUGGAGCAGGCCAUCCGCACCAUCCUCAGCCAGAAGAUUGAACCCUACCUGCCCUACGAGUUCACCUGUGAAGGCAUGCUGCAGAGGGUCAACGCCUUCAUCGAGAACCAGGACUUCUGCCACGGCCAGGUGAUGUGGCCCCCGCUCAGCGCCCUGCAGGUGAAGCUGGCCGAGCCCGGCCACUCCUGUAAGCAGGUGUGCCAGGAGGAGCAGCUCAUCUGUGAGCCCUCCUUCUUCCAGCAUCUCAACAAGGACAAGGACCUGGCCCGGUUUGGGGUGGACUGCCAGACGGUAGAGUCCAGCGCUGACACCCUGGUGCCGGCCUACAGCGAGGAACGGCGCCACUGCAUCUUCCAGCAGGACCUGCUGCUGUUCAGCUGCGCCGGGGCCCACCCCUCGCUGCGCCGCGUCUGCCCCUGCCGCGACUACAUGAAGGGUCAGGUGGCGCUCUGCCAGGGCUGCCUAUAGCCCCGCCCACAGGGGGGGACACGGGAGGGGAGACACACGCCCCAAAACCCCCGCCCCGAAAAACCCCGGCCCUUAGGGGAGAGCAUGCCCUGUGAGCGGCCCCCAGCCCCGCCCCCGUCUGGGAAGAUUGUUGUGGGGGUGUGUGUGUGUUGUCAUUCUCACACGCGCACACACAUACACAAACACACGCACAUGAAGAGGAGGUGGAUUUGGAGUGAGCCUUGUGAUGACAGUCGAAAGAGGAGGAGCUACAGAGAGACGUGUAAAGCCCUAUUUGACAGACGCACGCACACACACUCAAGGACGAGGAGAAUCUCCCCCCCUCUAUGAAAUCAGCUGAGAGUAACCAGAGGUGUCUUCACCUCUGCCCGUCUCCACAGCAACUCGAUGCGGAGAACCUGAGGCGAGCACAAGAGAAAGACACACACACACACACACACACACACACACACACACACACACACACACACACACACACACACACACACACACACACACACACACACACACACACACACACACUCCUCUCCUCUGUAGCGAAAUGAUUCAGACUAUUUGUGGCCCUGAAGGUAGUUUUACACUGGACUGUGAGGCACAAAGGCCCUGACCUCUGACCCCACACAUACUCUGACUAACAUACAUACACUCACAAAAAGACACACAAAUAAGCGCAAUUACUUCACACACAAACACCAAAUGUACACACACAAAAACAUAACACAGGCAAGCGAGCACACACACACACACACGGGGCAGACUGCAGGCCUUAAGAUAUAGUUUUACACUGUACUGACUGGCUUCUUGCCUGGCUCAAAACCAGACAAAUAUCGUAGAUUUAUUUCUUUUUUAUUUGUAUUAUUAUUAUUAUUCUGAUGAUUGUUAUCUCUGCUUUGAAUGGUUGCCAGACACAUCUUCAAAUCAGUCUGCUUUUUAUUUUCUUCUGCUCUGCAACGGUUGUGAUGUGCCAAGGAGAUCGUCAUGGCGACAGUGACGUCGGCGAGGAGACCCUUGUGGGGGGGGGGGGGUAGUUUCCCGCAUUAUUUAUAUUUUCCAGUUGAACGGGCGUACCGAUAACACAUGAUGAAAAACAGGAUCUUCAGUGCGGUUGAGCGAGCGAAGCCUGUAGAGAAACACAAUCAAAUGCCUCGUUUUGGAUCAAGCAUUUGUUUUACAACAAAUUUCCUGACGUUGAACCUCCCACCGGAAGUGGGAGGGGCUUGGAGCUGCCGCUGUCAUAUCUGUGAUUUAAUGAGGGUUUAUGCUACACAACCUGGACUGAACUAGGGUACCGUUUGAAAACAAGAUUUGUUUCUCCGGCCGAUUGAUGACAUACGGACAGAGGUGUGUCUGUUUAUGAAUGAACUCCCACGCAAAAAAAAGGCUGUGAAAAAAGUUGAUGAAUAAAAAAGUAGGUUUGCGUAAAAUGUCGAUUUAUUGCGCAUCGGUGUAGAGUUCGCGUCCUGGCGCUGUUGUUGAUCUUGUUUCGCUAGGUUGUCCGGAAUAGUGGAACGCGCACUAAUACCACCUCGACAGCUGGGGUAAAAACGAUGUGAAAACACAUCGGUUUUAGAUUUGCCUGCAGCCUAUUCAGGAGAAGAAAUAUUUAAGAUCAAUACAAAAACCAUAGUAGUAGGUAGGCCUACCGGUCAUCAAUGAAAAAAUGCACUGUUAAUCUAUUUAGAGAUUUAACAAAAUGAUUAGUCACACUAUAUAUUGUUAAUAUGGGUUAUCAAAUUAUUAUCCUUUAUAUUUAUUUUGUAUACAGAACUUUAUCUUUUUUUUUUAAUUAAAAUCUGUUUAUUUAUGGGAGGGAUUUCUUUUUCAUUUUAUUUUCUUUGUAUAUAUUUAAUUUAUGGUGAGAGGGAUAGUAGAAGCGAGAGAAAGACGGUAACCAGAUUUAUUUGUUUUUCCAUCACCAUGUUUUGUUCAGGAAACAGACCGAUGUGGCAGACACAUGCUAACAAUCGCAGCACGAGGUAGGCCUACACGCAGACCAGUAUCUCAAUGUUUGAAACUAACUUGGUCUUUCUGUUACCUUCUGUUGUCUCCGUAACUCAGAAGUCAGUUUGAGUGGCAGCGUUACGUCAUUCCAAAGUUAUUUAGAAAGCGAGCAGAGGCCGUCUAGGGUUUAUUGUUGUGAGAUAAUCCUCUUCAUCGUCGUGUUCUGACCAGAUCUGGAGAUGUCUACACAUGAUGGUGAUGGAUGGCUAUAACAUGUCGGCCUACCUGAGGAAUAACAUGCAUACCACAUGUUUAUGACUCAGUCGUCUCCCACCAUUAAAGCCUGCGCUGCUCACAGUAAAAGCCUGUUUCUGUGCACGCAAACACUUUGUUCACAUCAAAAUAAAAUGUAUACAGCUCAUGGACCGUUAUAACCAUAAAAAUCAUAUACAAAUCACCUGUUCUGAAUAUGUGGGUUUGGUGGAUAAAUGGUUCCACUCCCUCCAUGUCCAUGUGCAGAACGAUACCCAUGUAUGGCCGACUGACGGAUCAACUCUGGUGAGGUUUGUCGUGGGUUCAUCAGCCAAGUCGGUUCUAUGAACAUCGUCAUGUGCCUUUUAUUUCCCUUUAUGUUCUGCUUCAGGCUUGGCUUAGGCAGUCCCCAUGUUCAGACCACAGACGCUGGGUGGACAUGUGCGAGUCCCGUGGAGGGUUAGGACUUUCGUUGGAGGGAAUCUGAAAUAAUCAUGCGAUAAUCAUGCGUCCUAUUUACUAUGUUGUCACUGCAUUUAAUUAGAUCUGUCAAUAUUCCAAUCGAUUGUCAAUCCAGGACUUGAGGUAUAUUCUGUUUCCAUAGUCGUAAGCUAUUAUUAUUAUUGAUGGUAAAGAUUAAUAUUUCCAAUAGGGCAGAUAUAAAGUUUUGAGCUGUGGUGCAGAAGGGCCUUGUUCACUUCUUGCUAAUCGCGCUAGCCCUGUUCUGUUAAAGCAUUUCAUUGUUUUCUGUAUCAAUGUUGUUGGUUUUUUUAUCGGUGGGUAUUAUACAGUUCUUCGGUGUAUAACUUGGCGAAACAUAAAACUUUAUUCACUAUUUCUUUCUUUGUUAUUUUUUCAUUUAGUUUACCGAAUUAAUCCUCUUUGGGGGUAAAAAACAGUUGACCAAUAAUCAAUAACUAUGACCCGUCUGUAGAAGCCGGGGUCCUAGCAAAAGUCUGGCAAGGUUGAGAACAUGUUGCGGAAAAUGUAAUAACGAAAUGACAACUUUUUUCUUUCUUUUCUUUUUGUUUUCACAGUCCUUGACAAACAAGAGAGAUAUAACUUUAUUUUUAAAUAAAGUUUUUUUUUUCUGUGACAA